UGCCCCGAUGCAGCCGUCGCUAGCUAAACAAACAUGGCUCUGCAGCAUUAUCAGACAGCAGAUCUUAAUGAUACGUAGGCAGCUGGAAAGGGGAAUAUGCCAGGAACAAUAAGAAACGUGCCAAACGUGAAGCUCUAGAUGGGGAGUUGAUAAAAUUGUGAAGCUGGUUAGCUUAGCGUUGCCUUUUGCGACCGUGUUUACACACGGCUAGGUUAGCUCUCCAGUUGGCUAACGUAAGCUAGCAAAAUGGACCUCGGAACAAUGCUGUACAACAAUUUAAAAGAUGUUACAUGGAGCACGGCGUCCUUGCCAUUAGAUCAACUCGUCAGUGCUUAUAGGCUGCCACAAAUUGUCAAGCUGGAUAACGGUCAGUUGGUUGAAGGGCUCCGAGACAAUGACUACCUCUUGAUUCAUUCCUGCCGUCAGUGGACGACUAUUACUGCUCACAGUCUGGAGGAGGGACACUAUGUUAUUGGGCCCAAAAUAGAGAUCCCAGUUCACUAUGAAGGUCAGUUUAAGCUUCUGGAGCAGGACAGAGAUGUUAAGGAGCCUGUGCAGUACUUCAACAGUGUGGAGGAGGUGGCCAAAGCAUUCCCCGAAAGAGUAUACGUCAUGGAGGAAAUCACUUUCAAUGUUAAGAUGGCUUCAGGGGAAUGCAAUGAAGACACAGAAGUUUACACCGUUACACUAAGCACCGGUGAUGAACUGACAUUAAUGGGCCAGGCUGAGAUCCUUUAUGCCAAGACCUCCAAAGAAAAAUCAAGAUUCAAUACAAUUUUCAAGAAGAUCGGGAAGCUGAACUCCAUCAGUAAGAUCGGUCGAGGCAAGAUGCCUUGCUUGAUCUGCAUGAACCAUCGCACCAACGAGAGCAUCAGCCUGCCUUUCCAGUGUAAAGGCAGGUUCAGCACUUGUAGUCCUCUGGAGCUACAGAUGCAGGAUGGGGAGCAUACCAUCAGGAACAUUGUGGAGAAAACCCGUCUCCCAGUCAAUGUCACAGUACCCAGCAGUCCACCCCGCAACCAGCAUGACCUCCACCUCAUCCGGGAGGGUCAUCGCUACAAAUUGGUCAACAUUCAGACGAAGACGGUGGUUGUGUGCUGCAUUCUGCGAAGCAACAAAAUUAUCCCCGUCCAUUUUCCCUUUCACAUGGCCAUGCCUAGAUUUAUUAUUCCAGAGGAACUGCUGCAGGGAGAGUUGUGGCUGGACACUAUGGUACAUCGCUGGUUCUCCUUCUGCCAGGAGCAGUUUGACAUAGACGACUAUUCUCGCGCCGUCCGGGAUGUGAGGACGGAGUGGAACGACGACGGUAAGAGCCCCAAGAAAGGCAGCGGGAGUGGGAGUUGCAGUGGAAGCAGUGGAGGCAGCAGCAGCUCCAACGGGUGUUCCAGCCACGUGCAGAUUCCCAGCUCUUUAACUUACGCCCGGGAUGAACUCACCCAGUCCUUCCACCGACUCUCCGUCUGUGUGUACGGCAGCAACCUGCAUGGUAACAGUGAGGUCAACUUGCAGGGCUGUAUGACACUGUGCGGAGAAUGGGCUCUUCUGCCCUCUGACAGCAUUCCUUCAGACUCCGGGGAAAAUGAGCACUUUUUCCCCGAGCUGCUGGACAGCACGAGCCAACAACCGUCCCUCAGUAAGUCCGACGUUCCGUAUGAGGAGCUAUGGUUGGAUCACUUGAGAGGUCAGAUGCCAAAACCCUCUCCAAGCGAGGGAAUCCGGGGCAUCAACAAUGGCUGUGGUGCACCAGCAGCCGUGUCAUACCCAGUCACCUGUCCUCUCGGGGCAAUAACCGGUUCAGACGUGUCCCUUACCCCACCACCGGUCCCUCCCAAGUCUGAAGCUGUGAAGGAAGAAUGUCGUCUUUUGAAUGCCCCUCCCAUACCUCCACGAAGUUUGAAACAGAUGCCAUCGGUGCCCAUCCUGUCAAAGCCACGACAGCAAGAGACUCGGUCUCCGAGUCCAACCCUCUCCUAUUAUUCUUCUGGUCUCCACAACAUCAGCGGAGCAUGUGAACAAGAAGCGGCCGACCCACAAGAGCAAAACCAUGCGUGCUACCCCUGUAGCUGGGGUAAAUCCAACAGCGCUGAGCCAAGUGCUACUUUGCCCAGUGGCAGCCUUCCCUCAGAUGGGAUGUCCUCCAGGCUGUCUUGGCCAAAUGACUUCAGUGGUGGAGAAUCACGCUGCAUGGAGGAAUUCCUACCGGCCAGCUGUCGGAGUUACUACAGUUACCCCAGGAAGAGAUCCCCGAGCACCCCAAAAACCUGUACGUCAAGCCUCGUCGACUUUGAUGGCCGCGAGCUUGCGCACAGCAGUAAGGACUUCAGGUCGCAGAACGCCUCUCUGAAUCAGUUCGGCACAAAAUCUUCAAGUUACAAUUCAGAAAUGUACAGAGACAAGCCAAUAGAAGAAUCUAACGCUAAGCAGAGCCUCUCUUGCCCCAUCUUACCCCCGAGAACGCCAAAAUCCAAUGCCAUUACGAGGUGCACAGACUUACUGUCAGGGUCAGUCUUUGAUAGUAAGCAGGAAACUUCCCAUUGUUCCCUUACUCAACAUGAGCAGAGCACCAAAGAGAUUUAUUCCAUCUCUAACUCAUUAACUCUUCACUGUCCCUCCGUUCCUCCCGCGGCGCAGUGGCAGCCACCCUCCAGUCUGGCUGGCCUUUCUAUCGAAGAGGUGUCCAAAUCUCUACGAUUUAUCGGCCUGCCAGAUGACAUUGUUUCUCUCUUCGUGUCUGAGAAGAUCGAUGGGAAUUUACUGCUGCAGCUCACGGAGGAGAUUUUGUCUGAGGACUUCAAGCUAAGCAAGCUGCAGGUGAAGAAACUCAUGCAGUUCAUAAAUGGGUGGCGGCCCAAGAUAUAACUAACAGUAUAUGUGACACUAAAGCCUGCUGUGUAGCAGAGAAAGUCAUGCCUUCAGUAUAUAUGCUAUGCACACCAAGCCACAAAGAGUUUCUUUUGUAUAACAUGAAUUUAUUUCCUUGUUACUAUAUUGAGGGGAAGAAAGUUGGGUAAAACUUCCCAACCCACUCAAGGUCGCAACUGAAAGGAUCCAUUUGGCACUUUCAUGAAGACGUUUUCAUGUCGACUGCUUUUUCACCCACAGCCUACUGGUGCUCAUGUCAUUACACAAAUUCUAACUCAAACCAACAAAUUUAAAAAGGAAAACACAGAUGGGACAAGGACGGGAAAACAUCAUAAUUACAAGAUCUGCUCGAUGACGUUAUUAAAGGGGAAUGUCACAGACGUUCUGCUGUUUUAAAGGAUUUUUAAAAGAGCACAAACCAGACAAUGGGCUAUAGUUGUUUAACACAUGGAAUAACAAUGUAAAAAACAGUCUGAUUUUAGAAGUGGAUACACAGAUGGAAUUUUGGCCUGAUUAGGUAACAUCCUCCCCAAAAAUCAUGGUAUUUCCAUUUAAAAAAAAAAAUUGUAAUAAUACCAAGUUAAGGCACUGCUUUCAGUUUUAUCGGCUGGGAUUCGUUCCUGCGUGGUUUUCACGCAGGUGCACUUCUAAACCUCAACCGUCAUACGAAGUCAAGUCUACCACCUGCUACGGUGUUAAGAUAACGUUGUGUUCUUUUAAAAAUCUACCCCUUGAAGCUCUUCCUAGGCAGAAGGCUCCGUCUGCAUCGGUAAACCUUUGUUUUACUUUUUCUGAAGGGCAAGAAACGGCCGGCGAUGUAAACCUUGCCCUCGAGCCCGUGGUGUCAUACUGAUGCACAGUUCCUUAGAAAAUCUACUGGGAAAAUGAGACGCAGGGAAGGGUUCAUUUUCCUGCUCCAAAGAGAUUGUGUCAGAUUCAAAAAGAUAAAAAAACAACAACAUUCAAUUCAAUUUUUGAUGACAGGCACAUGGGAUACAAACAGCAAGAUCAGCUUUUAAUGUAAAUGGAGAGGUAGCUGUCUGUACAUCAAUCUGAUACCACUUUAAAGAGUGUUGGUGUACUGUCUGGUUCUAGAAGAUAAACGGUUGCAUGCAUUUAAACCAACCGGGCUUCAUCUGCAUUCUUGGUGCGAUUGUCUACACUACAGAACUAUGCUAGUUAAGGGUGAGC